AUGUCCGCGGAGAGAGAGGUAGCCGAGGCGGCCACCGUGGUGGCGGCGGCCGAAGCGGGGGCCGGAGAAGACGCCUCUUCUCAGCCCCCGAAAGCCGAGGCCGCUGGCGACGCCCAGCCAUCCGCGACUUCCGAGGGGGCCGCCGCCGCGUCGCCGCCGCCGCAGCUGCGGUGCCUGGUGCUCACCGGCUUCGGCGGCUACGACAAGGUGAAGCUGCAGAGCCGGCCGGCUGUGUCCCCGGCCCCCGGUCCCGGCCAGCUGACGCUGCGCGUCCGGGCUUGCGGGCUCAACUUCGCCGACCUUAUGGCCCGGCAGGGGCUGUACGACCGGCUGCCGCCGCUGCCCCUCACUCCGGGCAUGGAGGGCGCCGGCGUCGUGAUCGCGGUGGGCGAGGGAGUCAACGACCGCAAGGUAGGGGACCGGGUGAUGGUGUUGAUCCGGUCAGGCAUGUGGCAGGAGGAGGUGACUGUGCCCUCAGCCCAGACCUUCCAGAUGCCUGAGGCCAUGACCUUUGAGGAAGCCGCUGCCUUGCUGGUCAAUUACAUCACAGCCUACAUGGUCCUCUUCGACUUCGGCAAUCUGCGGCCCGGCCAGAGCGUCUUGGUACACAUGGCCGCAGCUGCCCUCCCCCCCCACUUCCCAGUCAUGGAUACUGGACCUGGUUGUGAGGAGAGAAAGCCUCAGAAUGCACCCAGGCCCGAGGAAGGGGGCGUGGGUAUGGCCGCCCUGCAGCUGUGCCGCACGGUAGAGAACGUGACGGUGUUCGGGACGGCCUCGGCCAGCAAGCACGAGGUGCUGAAGGAGCACGGGGUCACACACCCCAUCGACUAUCACACGACUGACUACGUGGAGGAGAUCAAGAAGAUCUCCCCCAAAGGAGUGGACAUCGUCAUGGACCCUCUGGGUGGGUCAGAUACGGCCAAGGGCUACAACGUGCUCAAACCCAUGGGCAAAGUGGUCACCUAUGGAAUGGCCAACCUGCUGACGGGCCCCAAGCGGAACCUGGUGGCCCUGGCGCGCACAUGGUGGAACCAGUUCAGCGUGAGCGCUCUGCAGCUGCUGCCAGCCAACCGCGCCGUGUGUGGCUUCCACCUGGGCUACCUGGAGGGUGAGGUGGAGCUCAUCAGGGGCGUGGUGGCCCACCUCCUGGCCCUGUACAGCCAGGGCCGCAUCAAACCCCACAUCGACUCCGUGUGGCCCUUUGAGAAGGUGGCGGAUGCCAUGAGGCAGAUGCAGGAGAAGAAGAAUGUGGGCAAAGUCCUCCUGGUGCCUGGACCAGAGAAGGAGAACUAGGGCGGGGGCUGGCGGACCCUCAGGGCCCGGGAAGAGAGUUGCUGGGGGGCCCCGCAUUGUGCUGGUCACCAGACUCUCUCACAUUUCACCCUCUAUCAUCACGCUCUGCCCUCUCUCCCCCGAAGGUCUCCGUCCUGAUGACCUCUCCCCUGCCCUGGUCUGUCUCCUUAGGCAGGGCUGCCCCCUCCCCCCCUUCCUGCCCUCGGAAGAGGUUGGGAAGUGACCACUUGGAUGUCUGGGCUCUGACAAGGGGACAGGGAGGGCCAGAGGGAGGCCGGCUGCUUCCUGCCCCCACCCUUUCCCUGGGCCUGCCCUGCUGCUUUUGUGCCAAGGUUAGCCGAUCCCUUUCCGUCCAGUUCUGUGUGCUUCCCCCUCGGCCUCAUCUCCCCCUCCUGCCCCUGCCCCACCCCCACCCCACCCCCAAAGAAUUGAAACGUCAGCUCAGGAUAUGGGGCCAAUCUUCGUGAAUCCAGCAUGUCCCUGUCUCGCCCUCGUGUCCCUUCAACCCAGGCCGACCAGUGCCCACCUCUGAACUCUGUCGCCUCAUUGCAUGGCCUUGUCCUCUUUUUCCCAUCUCCUUAAGCACAGUUGGGCUUCUUCCACCUCCAGGUUUUCUGCCCCUCGUAACCAAGGUUGCCUCUUACAACAAGGGUGGGAAUCAGACCUGCUCCCCUAGGUCACAACUGUGGGAGGGACACAGAGCACCCCCCCACCGGUGGCUCCCCACCCUUCACUGAGUUCUCUGGAGUUGUUCUCAGUGCCUUAGCAACGGAAAACCUGUGCGUGUGUGCGUGGGGGGGGAAGUCCCUGUCUCACACCUCCUUCUCCACCCCUGUACUCCCCAGUGCCUUCCUCGUUCUGCUGGAGCUGGGGUUUUCCUGCCUCCCAGUCCCGCAACACUGCCAAAAAUCUGUGUGUGUGCCCGCGGGUGGGAGGGGGGCAGCCCCGAGCCUCCUGGGGUCUGUGGCACGUCCUCUCUGGGGCUGUCAUUUCUCUAUGGGAGGUGGAGGAGAAGAAGGCGGGAAGCUUUCUCAGCCUCGCAGAUAAGUGUGGUAUUUACCAGCCAGGGCUCUCAGAGGCAAUGCCAACUGUUUCUUGUUCUGGGACCAAAGUGAAAAUCAAAGCACAUUUCCCGCGUCGUCAAGGGAGGCCCACAGCCUUCUCAGAGCAGGGGGGGGCAGCUUUUCCAAAUUCAGCCACAAACUUUGUUUACACGGGUGGGGAGAUGGAACAGGAGAAUGGGGAGGGGGUGGUUUAGGACCUGGGCCGCUGGAACCAAAGUGGGGACUUCCUGGCAUAGGGGUGUAACUCCCCCUGCUCUCCAAUGCGGAGUUAGGUAGGGUUAUUGCCCAGCCACUGCCGGUGGGAGGUGGGGGGAGGCGCUCAGCCUCUUCAUUGUCUAAACGAGGACGAAACGUGUGAAGUGCGAUUUCUGCUUUCGUGUACCCCACCCUGUUUUACCGAAGCUGCCUUUGUGUUUGUGUCAAUAAAAAGCCAAACCCUG